CUGUUUGUGGCGGACUACAGCAACCACAAGAUCCGGCGGGUUGAGGUGGCGACGGGCGAGGUGACGACGAUCGCGGGCAGCGGCGAGCACGGCGACGAGGAUGGCGUGGGCGAAGCGGCGGAGUUCUGCUGCCCAGCUGGCAUCGCCCUCAGCCCAGACAGGAGCGCGCUGUUUGUGGCUGACCAAGGUGGCGACAAGAUCCGGCGGGUCGAGGUGGCGACGGGCGCUGUGACCACCAUCGCAGGCAGCGGCGAGGGUGGCGACGCGGACGGCGAGGGCGAAGCGGAGGAGUUCUGCGGCCCACGCGGCCUUGCCAUCAGCCCAGAUGGCGGCGCGCUAUUUGUGGUGGACCAAGGCAGCCACAAGAUCCGGCGGGUGGAGGUGGCGACUGGCGAGGUGACGACGAUCGCGGGCAGUGGCACCAGGGGCAGCACUGAUGGCGUGGGCGACGCGGCGCAGUUCUACAACCCAUGUGGCAUCGCCAUCCGCCCAGACGCCGGCGCGCUGUUUGUGGCGGACUUCGGCAACCACAAGAUCCGGCGGGUUGAGGUGGCGACGGGAGAGGUGACGACGAUCGCGGGCAGCGGCACAGAGGGCAGCACUGAUGGCGUGGGCGAAGCUUCGGAGUUCAGCUACCCAACUGAAGUCGCCAUCAGCGCCGACGGCAGC